AUGGCCACUUCUCUUCCAACCAGUGUGCCUGAAGCACUGGACUUGCCACUGCUAUUUUCCCCUGAAGUCACCGUGCAGCUGUCUCCGGACCUUGCGAUAGGCUCUGUUAGUGUCGGUGGUUAUGUGGCCUCUGCAAUGGCUAAAUAUGCCCUCUACUACGCCUCCAAACAUCCCAAAAUGCAGAGCCAGAUUGACCUCUACUCUAUCGUCACCCAAUUCUACCGCCCGGUCUUUAUCAGGACGCCAAUAAAUAUGACUCUGCGGGAGGUCAGCAUUGGCAAGGGAUGGUCCACACUGCGCGUCGAAGCAUCCCAGCAGGAUAAGCUCGGUGUAUCUGCCGAUGUAGUAGUCACAAACCUGUCCAACAAAGGCAUCACCCUUAAAACGGGCUGGCGGCUCCCUAAUAGUCCGGCCCCAGUCGACCUCGCAAAACUCGAAACUGAUACCGAUCCAAACUGGGUAUCGUACCAUUGCGCCUUCUACCCAGACGGAUUCCGACGCGGCCAUUCCUACGCAAGGUCAUAUAUCCCGAGAGUCCAGCCUACUGAAAUAACAUUCGUAGAGCAAUGGGUUGAGCCGGGCUGGGAUUUCCUCCCGCAGGGCUCUCGGCCUGCAAGUGCAGAGCAGAACAAAGCACGUUGGACGAAUGAGAUGAUUCCGUUUGUGGUAGAUAUGACGAUGCCGAUUCAAGAGAAUUUCUUUCCACGCGAGAGCGGAAAACCGCUGCCCAUGGGAAGUAUAGCGGCUACGCUUGAGUUUGCCGCUCGCCAGCAAAAGGCCCGCGAGGAGGGGAGGAAUGACUGGAGGGCUAUAGACGAUGACGGGUCGAAGAUAUUCGGGGCGAGGAUUAUGAAUGUGUCCUUGACGAUUUCUACGGAAAUUAAGCAGAGAUUACCCGCUGAGGGUGUUCGGUGGCUUUACCUGCGCACUGAAUGUAAAAGGGUUUUGAAUGGACGGAUGGAUUUGGAAGUUCUGGUUUUUGACGAGAGGAUGGAUUUGAUUGCUAUUGGGCACCAGACUGCGGUGCUUAUUGAGGGAACUUCUAAGAUACAGAAGUUGUAA